CAUGACCGCGUGACGCCCAGAGAUCAUCUAUCUUUUGUCGUCAUGCCUGUUAUGUGGAAAUGUCCGGGACAACCCACCUGCCGGAAGAUAUAUCUCUACACACGGGGUCUCAAAGCACACAUACCAAGCUGUAAACAUGCUCUCAGAAAAGAAGUCCAGAAAAAGCGCGAGGUGAUGGAGACGAUGUUGUCCAUCAUCCACUUCGUGGAGGACCAGCAGAAAGGGAACGUGACGGUAUCCAGGCUAGGCGUGCCCUCCUUCAGGGUGGAGAGGCCGGUAUUCUCGAGGCUCCCUCCGGAGGCGAAGAGGACGCGGUUGUCCCGGGAACAGAUGGGAGGUUAUCCAAUACUGGAAGAAAUACAGUCGGGUGGUACAGCUAACUCGUAAACCCGGGUGGUUCUAUUUGGAUAGUUUCUGUAUGAGUAACUUCCCUUUGGAUUCUCUGUAUGUGAUAAUAUGAACACUCUAACGCCAAGUGAAAUGUUUCGGCGUGGAAUACUCAAUAACACAUACUUAUUUGAAGAGGUGUUUACGUCCUAAAUCAAUCAUGGUUUUAAUUGUUGUCAAAUAUUCGUUAGCAUUUUGAAGUUAAUUGCAGUGAGUCGGUAGCCUCGAUGUGUUUCCAUAACAUAUGAAUGACUGUUACACUGUGUUGGUAUUACCUAGUUUCGAUCCAUUUCACUGUGACGAUAGUGGAGAUAAUACUGUAGUCUACAUCAACGAUUGCUUUACUGUUGCGCCUCUACAAUUUAACAGUGUAGAUUUACCUUAAGUAUUGGACAAAUAGCCUACGUUGUUAAUUAAUUCGUUCCAUUAAUUUAUUUCUGUUAACACGUUUUUGAAAAAUAAAAAAAAACGUUCUAAAGGACGUUUUCAGGGUCUUUGUAUGUCUGCUAUUUUACACAAAUGAAAUCUCCUCUUUGUGUUAUGGUAAUGUAUUGAACAUUGAAACCCCCUUUUAUCGGGAAACUAGCAUGUACUUGGAAAUGGGACUAGUACGUUUCUGGUUUAGAGAUUCGUAAGGUCUCUUCAUACAUGUAAACUCUCCUAACAGUAGUUGUCCUGAAGAUCGUUUCCGGAUUAGAGGGAACUUGACGAGAGGUGUUUCAUGGAAAAGAUUUUGUAUCACUGUAAGCUUUACUUUGUUUUAGCUGUGUAACUUUAUAGAUUGUAUGGACCCUUGGGAACUUUCCUGGUUCUUUUAAUCAAUGUUUUUUAUGAAAUAAACCUGCAGGAAUUGAACAUGGC